AUGUGUAGUGACGAUUUGUAUGCAUUGACAACUUCAUCGUCAAUCAUAACGAUACUCUUCUUCUGGAAUUGCAAUGGUGUCGGACGUUUUGGUUCCUUUGUCCACUUUCGUUGUGAGUCUGACAAACCUCUUUCUUUUGUCGAUCUCAGCACUCGACUUUUUAUUGAUUUUGUGUUCUUCAUUGAUGAACUUGCAAUUGGAAAAUUUGUUGCCCCAACAGGCCCAUACUUGCUUUUGACAAUAGGGAAACCAAACACAUCGAUGAGCAACCCGUUUGAGGUCCCUUGA